GGCACGUGCAACACCUUCUCACACGUAACUAGGGUUUUAAUAAGCUCUAACGAUCAACCUGCUGCUGUCUCUCUUGCCAACCGCUCGAUUGCAGGCCCAAAGGGUUUCGUCCAUAAUAUUUUUAGUGGACCUGCAGUGACAAGAAGGCUAUAACAAUGAGUAAGCUUCAGAGUGAGGUACUAAGAGACGCCAUCGCCCAGAUAAGUAAAAACUCCGUGGAGAAAAAGCGCAACUUCACUGAGACCGUUGAGCUGCAAAUUGGUUUGAAGAACUAUGACCCCCAGAAAGACAAGCGUUUCAGCGGUUCUGUUAAGCUUCCACACAUCCCUCGUCCUAAAAUGAAGAUUUGCAUGCUUGGUGAUGCUCAACAUGUGGAAGAGGCAGAAAAGAUUGGAUUGGAUUACAUGGAUGUGGAAGGGCUGAAAAAGCUUAACAAAAACAAAAAGCUGGUCAAAAAGCUAGCAAAGAAGUAUCAUGCAUUUUUAGCUUCUGAGUCUGUUAUUAAGCAAAUUCCUCGUCUUUUGGGCCCUGGUCUUAACAAAGCAGGUAAAUUUCCUACCUUGGUGACUCACCAGGAAUCCUUGGAGUCAAAAGUAAAUGAAACAAAGGCAAUGGUAAAGUUUCAGCUUAAGAAAGUUCUUUGUAUGGGAGUUGCUGUGGGGAAUCUCUCUAUGGAAGAGAAGCAGAUCUUCCAGAAUGUGCAAAUGAGUGUCAAUUUCCUAGUUUCAUUAUUGAAGAAGAAUUGGCAGAAUGUGAGGUGCUUGUACCUGAAGAGUACCAUGGGGAGUGCAAUCCGCGUCUUCUAAUUUAAUAAGCUCUGUAUUAGUCUUUUAGUGAGAGGAAGAAAUAGUAAACAUCUUAGCGAGACAUUCUUCGGGACUGCUACUAGCCCUUUUUGUUUAUCUUGGAUUCUUCUUAGUUGGAAAUUUUGAAUUGAUACUGUGACUUUGUUUUCAAAUAGUGAUAUUUUGCUGGUUUAUUAACAACAUAUUUUUAUUCCUCA